AUGGCUUCUGCCUCUUGGAAUAACUUCCACAUAGGAAAGGAUUGCGGACACACAAAAUGGUCUAGGAAAAUUGCUCCUAAGAUGACUGUCUCGUCCGGCCAGAUCGUGACCUUUGACGCCGUUGAUAGCAGCAAUGGCCAACUUACAAGGACAUCCGACGCCUCAUCAAUUACGACACUAGACCUCAGUAGCUGCAAUCCUGUCUUUGGUCCAAUCUAUGUGCAAGAUGCCCAGCCCAGUGACAUGAUCAAAGUCGACAUCCUGAACCUGGAGGUAGCCGACUGGGGUUGGUCGGCCAUCAUCCCUGGCUUCGGAUUGCUUGCCGAUGAAUUUCUAGAGCCCGAGAUCAAGAUCUGGUCCCUCGAUCGGGAGAAGGGCUACGCUCAAUUCAAGGAUAUUCGGGUUCCUCUUCGCCCUUUCCUAGGCUGUAUGGGUCUGGCACCCGGUAACGACGAAGAACUAUCGACUAUCCCACCCACUCACGCCGGCGGAAACAUGGAUUGCCGAGAACUUAGCGUCGGCUCUUCGGUCUACCUCCCCGUUCAGACAGCUGGAGGCCUCUUCAGUUGUGGUGAUGGCCACGCUGCCCAAGGCCACGGUGAGGUCUGCGGCACUGCCAUCGAAACGCCCAUCCGAGCUACUCUUCGCUUCGAGCUCUGCAAGAACCAACCCUGGGUCACUACACCGCAAUACCAGACCCCUCCUCGAUCACAAAUACCCAACCCUCUUCCAGACCUUGGAACCUAUGGUGUCUUGGGAAUCGCUCCAGAUCUAUUCCAGGCUGCUAAGAGUGCUACCAGGAAUCUCGUCCAAUGGCUAGUCUCGGUCAAGGGACUUACUCGUAGCGAGGCUUAUAUCCUUGCUAGUGUUGUCGGCGACUUACAAAUCGUUGAAAUUGUCAACGUACCCAACUUUGAGGUGUCUAUGAGUGUUCCACUGGGUAUUUUUUAG